AUGUGUGCGGUGCAAGGGAGGGAUGCAGCGACGGGAAACCAGAAAAUGUGUGCGGUGCAAGGGAGGGAUGCAGCGACGGGAAACCAGAAAAUGUGUGCGGUGCAAGGGAGGGAUGCAGCGACGGGAAACCAGAAAAUGUGUGCGGUGCAAGGGAGGGAUGCAGCGACGGGAAACCAGAAAAUGUGUGCGGUGCAAGGGAGGGAUGCAGCGACGGGAAACCAGAAAAUGUGUGCGGUGCAAGGGAGGGAUGCAGCGACGGGAAACCAGAAAAUGUGUGCGGUGCAAGGGAGGGAUGCAGCGACGGGAAACCAGAAAAUGUGUGCGGUGCAAGGGAGGGAUGCAGCGACGGGAAACCAGAAAAUGUGUGCGGUGCAAGGGAGGGAUGCAGCGACGGGAAACCAGAAAAUGUGUGCGGUGCAAGGGAGGGAUGCAGCGACGGGAAACCAGAAAAUGUGUGCGGUGCAAGGGAGGGAUGCAGCGACGGGAAACCAGAAAAUGUGUGCGGUGCAAGGGAGGGAUGCAGCGACGGGAAACCAGAAAAUGUGUGCGGUGCAAGGGAGGGAUGCAGCGACGGGAAACCAGAAAAUGUGUGCGGUGCAAGGGAGGGAUGCAGCGACGGGAAACCAGAAAAUGUGUGCGGUGCAAGGGAGGGAUGCAGCGACGGGAAACCAGAAAAUGUGUGCGGUGCAAGGGAGGGAUGCAGCGACGGGAAACCAGAAAAUGUGUGCGGUGCAAGGGAGGGAUGCAGCGACGGGAAACCAGAAAAUGUGUGCGGUGCAAGGGAGGGAUGCAGCGACGGGAAACCAGAAAAUGUGUGCGGUGCAAGGGAGGGAUGCAGCGACGGGAAACCAGAAAAUGUGUGCGGUGCAAGGGAGGGAUGCAGCGACGGGAAACCAGAAAAUGUGUGCGGUGCAAGGGAGGGAUGCAGCGACGGGAAACCAGAAAAUGUGUGCGGUGCAAGGGAGGGAUGCAGCGACGGGAAACCAGAAAAUGUGUGCGGUGCAAGGGAGGGAUGCAGCGACGGGAAACCAGAAAAUGUGUGCGGUGCAAGGGAGGGAUGCAGGGACCACCUGCUGGAGUAGAGGGAGAAGAUGCAUCACGAUUCACAUCACGCUCUCCCUCACGCUCGCCCUCACGCUCGCCCUCACGCUCUCCCUCACGCUCUCCCUCACGCUCUCCCUCACGCUCUCGCUCACGCUCUCCAUCACGCUCUUCCUCACGCUCUUCCUCACGCUCUUCCUCACGCCUCCCCUCACGCCUCCCCUCACGCUUGCCCUCACACCUGCCCUCACGCCUGCCCUCACGCUCUCCCCCACGCUCAUCCUCACGCUUAUGCCCUUUCACUGGCAGUGGCUCCUCGUAGUCUACCUCAUCAUCAGCCUACUCAUCGUGUUUAGUAUGACCCCAACCUGCCAUUCCAUGGGCAUUGACACCAAGGUUGAGUUGGGCAUCACCCGCCUGGCCAUGCGCAGCCCACUCCUCCCCCUCCCUGCUGUUCAGGGCAUCACCCGCCUGGCCAUGCGCAGCCCACUCCUCCCCCUCCCUGCUGUUCAGGGCAUCACCCGCCUGGCCAUGCGCAGCCCACUCCUCCCCCUCCCUGCUGUUCAGGGCAUCACCCGCCUGGCCAUGCGCAGCCCACUCCUCCCCCUCCCUGCUGUUCAGGGCAUCACCCGCCUGGCCAUGCGCAGCCCACUCCUCCCCCUCCCUGCUGUUCAGGGCAUCACCCGCCUGGCCAUGCGCAGCCCACUCCUCCCCCUCCCUGCUGUUCAGGGCAUCACCCGCCUGGCCAUGCGCAGCCCACUCCUCCCCCUCCCUGCUGUUCAGGGCAUCACCCGCCUGGCCAUGCGCAGCCCACUCCUCCCCCUCCCUGCUGUUCAGGGCAUCACCCGCCUGGCCAUGCGCAGCCCACUCCUCCCCCUCCCUGCUGUUCAGGGCAUCACCCGCCUGGCCAUGCGCAGCCCACUCCUCCCCCUCCCUGCUGUUCAGGGCAUCACCCGCCUGGCCAUGCGCAGCCCACUCCUCCCCCUCCCUGCUGUUCAGGGCAUCACCCGCCUGGCCAUGCGCAGCCCACUCCUCCCCCUCCCUGCUGUUCAGGGCAUCACCCGCCUGGCCAUGCGCAGCCCACUCCUCCCCCUCCCUGCUGUUCAGGGCAUCACCCGCCUGGCCAUGCGCAGCCCACUCCUCCCCCUCCCUGCUGUUCAGGGCAUCACCCGCCUGGCCAUGCGCAGCCCACUCCUCCCCCUCCCUGCUGUUCAGGGCAUCACCCGCCUGGCCAUGCGCAGCCCACUCCUCCCCCUCCCUGCUGUUCAGGGCAUCACCCGCCUGGCCAUGCGCAGCCCACUCCUCCCCCUCCCUGCUGUUCAGGGCAUCACCCGCCUGGCCAUGCGCAGCCCACUCCUCCCCCUCCCUGCUGUUCAGGGCAUCACCCGCCUGGCCAUGCGCAGCCCACUCCUCCCCCUCCCUGCUGUUCAGGGCAUCACCCGCCUGGCCAUGCGCAGCCCACUCCUCCCCCUCCCUGCUGUUCAGGGCAUCACCCGCCUGGCCAUGCGCAGCCCACUCCUCCCCCUCCCUGCUGUUCAGGGCAUCACCCGCCUGGCCAGUCAUUUCCCUGCAUGCCGGGCCGGCCGGAGGGUGCUUACAAAGACCCACAAGAGGAUGGUCAUUGGGGACAUCACCAACUCGGUGUUUCGGAGCUACGUCCUGACGCUGGGUGAACCCGCCAUGAGUGCGAUGGUUCUGCGCCUAAAAAAGGCGGGCAUCAACACGGAAGUCUUGCAGGUGCUUCCCACCCCCUCCAACCCUCGUUCCCCCUCUCCUGCUUCCUUCCCACCCCCUCCAACCCUCGUUCCCCCUCUCCUGCUUGCUUCCCACCCCCUCCAACCCUCGUUCCCCCUCUCCUGCUUGCUUCCCACCCCCUCCAACCCUCGUUCCCCCUCUCCUGCUUUCUUCCCACCCCCUCCAACCCUCGUUCCCCCUCUCCUGCUUGCUUCCCACCCCCUCCAACCCUCGUUCCCCCUCUCCUGCUUGCUUCCCACCCCCUCCAACCCUCGUUCCCCCUCUCCUGCUUGCUUGCACCCCCUCCAACCCUCGUUCGCCCUCUCCUGCUUGCUUCCCACCCCCUCCAACCCUCGUUCCCCCUCUCCUGCUUGCUUGCACCCCCUCCAACCAUCGUUCCCCCUCUCCUGCUUGCUUCCCACCCCCUCCAACCCUCGUCCCCCCUCUCCUGCUUGCUUCCCACCCCCUCCAACACUCGUCCCCCCUCUCCUGCUUGCUUCCCACCCCCUCCAACCCUCCUCCCCCCUCUCCUGCUUGCUUGCCACCCCCUCCAACCCUCGUAAACCCUCUCCUGCUUGCUUCCCACCCCCUCCAACCCUCGUCCCCCCUCUCCUGCUUGCUUCCCACCCCCUCCAACCCUCGUCCCCCCUCUCCUGCUUGCUUGCCACCCCCUCCAACCCUCGUUCCCCCUCUCCUGCUUGCUUCCCACCCCCUCCAACCCUCGUCCCCCCUCUCCUGCUUGCUUUCCACCCCCUCCAACCCUCGUUCCAUCUCUCCUGCUUGCUUGCCACCCCCUCCAACCCUCGUUCCCCCUCUCCUGCUUGCUUCCCACCCCCUCCAACCCUCGUUCCCCCUCUCCUGCUUGCUUGCCACCCCCUCCAACCCUCGUCCCCCCUCUCCUGCUUGCUUGCCACCCCCUCCAACCCUCGUCCCCCCUCUCCUGCUUGCUUUCCACCCCCUCCAACCCUCGUUCCCCCUCUCCUGCUUGCUUCCCACCCCCUCCAACCCUCGUCCCCCCUCUCCUGCUUGCUUCCCACCCCCUCCAACCCUCGUCCCCCUUCUCCUGCUUGCUUCCCACCCCCUCCAACCCUCGUUCCCCCUCUCUUGCUUGCUUCCCACCCCCUCCAACCCUCGUUCCCCCUCUCCUGCUUGCUUUCCACCGCCUCCAACCCUCGUUCCCCCUCUCCUGCUUGCUUGCCACCCCCUCCAACCCUCGUUCCCCCUCUCCUGCUUGCUUCGCACCCCCUCCAACCCUCGUUCCCCCUCUCCUGCUUGCUUGCCACCCCCUCCAACCCUCGUCCCCCCUCUCCUGCUUGCUUUCCACCCCCUCCAACCCUCGUUCCCCCUCUCCUGCUUGCUUGCCACCCCCUCCAACCCUCGUUCCCCCUCUCCUGCUUGCUUCCCACCCCCUCCAACCCUCGUUCCCCCUCUCCUGCUUGCUUCCCACCCCCUCCAACCCUCGUUCCCCCUCUCCUGCUUGCUUCCCACCCCCUCCAACCCUCGUUCCCCCUCUCCUGCUUGCUUCCCACCCCCUCCAACCCUCGUUCCCCCUCUCCUGCUUGCUUCCCACCCCCUCCAACCCUCGUUCCCCCUCUCCAGUUUCCUUCCCACCCCCUCCCAACCCUCGUUCCCCCUCUCCAGCUUGCUUUCCACCCAAUCCUUGGCCAAUUCCCCCUUUUCCUUAUGCUCUCCACCCCCUCUUUCCCUGCUUUCCCAUUUGCUUUCUCCAUGCCCUCAUGCCCUCGUGCUCUCAUGAUGCCCCCAAUGCCCCCACAUGCCCUCCAUGCCUCCCAUGCCCCCACGCUCCCAUGCCACCCAUGCCCCCACGCUCCCAUGCACCCCAUGAACGUGAGUGGCAAGCAGUUGGAAGGACCCAUUCCAGAUGCCAUUGGGAACCUCACCGCACUCACUCUACUACACCCUCAAUGGCAAUGCCAACCCACUCCCAUGCCAUGCGUGCCACCUGAUUCUUGGGCCUGCGUCUCAGAAAUCGUUUGCCUCCCUCUUUCCCCGCCCAACAUACAACUUCCCUUCAUCCAGGCGUCUCUCAAGCACCAAGCUCACCGGCUCCCUUCCAGCCACCAUGUCUCGCCUCACCCGCUUAACAGAGCUGUGAGUAACAAGUAG